CAGCUCGCGCGUGCUGAUGAUGGCGAGUCUUUGGAUGGGAAGAGACCUUGAAAGGACCUCUAGUUUAUCCUGCAACUUCAGUCAAUAUCCCACUUAAAUCAUCCCAGAUUGUUUCCAUCAUAGGUAAUAGAGAAGAGGAAACCUAACCAAUGCCUGUGGAAUAAUAUGGAAGAAGAUGAAAAAAACCUUGUUUAAUGGGUUGAGAGGGUAGCGAUUGCUCUAAGACAUGGAUAGAUGCAAACAUGUAGGGCGGUUGCGGCUCGCCCAGGACCACUCCAUCCUGAAUCCUCAGAAGUGGUGCUGCCUGGAGUGCGCCACCACCGAGUCUGUGUGGGCUUGCCUCAAGUGUUCCCACGUGGCCUGCGGCCGCUACAUUGAGGACCACGCACUGAAACACUUUGAAGACACUGGACACCCACUAGCCAUGGAAGUCCGGGAUCUCUACGUGUUCUGCUACUUGUGCAAGGACUACGUGCUCAAUGAUAACCCGGAGGGGGACCUGAAGCUGCUGAGAAGCUCCCUCCUGGCGGUGCGGGGCCAGAAGCAGGACCAGCCAGUGAGACGGACGCUGCGGUCCAUGGCUUCGGGCGAGGACGUGGUCCAGCCGCAGCGUGCUCUUCAGGGACAGCCGCAGAUGCUCACGGCUCUGUGGUACCGGCGCCAGCGCUUGCUGGCCAAGACACUGAGGCUGUGGUUCGAGAAGAGCUCUCGGGGCCGGGCGAAACUGGAGCAGCGGCGGCAGGAGGAGGCUCUGGAGCUCAAAAAGGAAGCGGCGCGGCAACGGCGGCGCGAGGUAAAGCGGCGGCUGCUGGAGGAGCUGGCCAGCGCCCCUCCGCGCAAGAGCGCGCGCCUGCUUUUGCACGCGCCCCGCCGCGCGGGCCCUUCCGCCGCGCGCUCCGCCUCCCGCCGGACGCCCGGCGCUUCUGCGCUCAAGCCGCGCCGCCAGCCGGCGGUGGCCCCCGGCGUGACUGGCCUGCGCAACCUGGGCAACACCUGCUACAUGAACUCCAUCCUCCAGGUGCUCAGCCACCUGCAGAAGUUCCGAGAGUGUUUCCUGAACCUUGACCCAUCCACCACAGAGCACCUGUUUCCCCAAGCCACGAACGGCAAGGCUCCGCUCUCUGGCAGGCCGGCCAGCAGCUCUGCCACCGAGUUGUCGGCGAGGAGCGACCGAGCCCAGGCGUGCGAGCGGGAAGGCCUCUGCUGGAAYGGUGGGGCCUCCAUCAGCAGAAGCCUGGAGCUCAUCCAGAACAAGGAGCCCAGCUCGAAGCACAUUUCCCUUUGCCAUGAACUGCACACCCUCUUCCGAGUCAUGUGGUCCGGGAAGUGGGCACUAGUGUCGCCCUUUGCCAUGCUUCACUCCGUGUGGAGCCUGAUCCCCGCCUUCCGUGGCUAUGACCAGCAGGAUGCGCAGGAAUUUCUCUGCGAGCUGCUGCACAAAGUACAGCAGGAACUCGAGUCAGAGGGCACCACGCGCCGGAUCCUCAUCCCCUUCUCCCAGAGGAAGCUCACCAAACAGGUCUUAAAAGUGGUUAACACCAUAUUUCACGGUCAGCUGCUCAGUCAGGUCACAUGUAUAUCUUGCAAUUACAAAUCAAAUACUAUUGAACCCUUUUGGGAUCUGUCCCUGGAAUUCCCUGAACGCUAUCAUUGCAUAGAAAAGGGGUUUGUUCCUUUGAAUCAGACAGAGUGCCUGCUUACUGAGAUGCUGGCCAAGUUCACUGAGACAGAGGCCCUGGAAGGGAGAAUCUACGCUUGUGACCAGUGUAACAGCAAACGACGCAAGUCCAACCCCAAACCCCUUGUUCUGAGUGAAGCUAGAAAGCAGUUAAUGAUCUACAGACUACCUCAGGUCCUCCGGCUGCACCUUAAAAGAUUCAGGUGGUCUGGCCGUAACCAUCGAGAGAAGAUUGGGGUCCAUGUCGUCUUUGACCAGGUAUUAACCAUGGAACCUUACUGCUGCAGGGACAUGCUCUCCUCUCUUGACAAAGAGACCUUUGCCUAUGAUCUCUCCGCAGUGGUCAUGCAUCACGGGAAAGGGUUUGGCUCAGGACACUACACAGCCUAUUGCUACAACACAGAGGGAGGUUUUUGGGUCCACUGCAAUGACUCAAAGCUGAAUGUAUGCAGUGUUGAGGAAGUGUGCAAAACCCAGGCCUACAUUCUUUUUUACACUCAAAGAACAGUGCAGGGCAAUGCAAGAAUCUCAGAAACACAACUCCGAGCUCAGGUGCAGUCCAACAACAAGGAUGAAGGCAGACCACAGAUAUUCCCUUGACUGAGAGGCAUGGAUAAAGACUGCUUUGAUUUUAAUCCGUUGGUGUCCACACAUCUUUCCCCUCAUAGGAAAUAAGGCUACUGCAGGAACAGAUUACUAGUUUGCCUCACUGGGGCUACAGCAGAAGAUGCCAGGUGAUUCAUGUUCUGUCAUAAUGUUUGUAGUCACUUUCUUUUGAAUGCAUUUAGAAAUCCCCUCCUUUCAUAAAACAAAUCAAAAGGAGUAACUUCUAUGAAGAUUCUUUCAUCAGUUGCUUCUGAAUAUAGAGGGAUCUGAGUUGAGGAAAGGAGGAGGUGGGGAUUGAUUAUCCAGCCAGGAGAACAGCUGUGUCUUUGGUCCCAUUAGGUGAGUCCCCUACUAACCAGGACCUCUUAGCAGCACCAGAACAUUCCCAAGGUGAGCAACUCUGGACAGAGCACAUGAAGAGGGCUCCUGGGCUGGCAGCUUUUGGAUGGGAUUGGUUCUGACGUGGGAGGUAAAGUCCACAAGGGAAGUAACCUUCAAGAGUUAAAACUCAGAAACUUCCUUUUUCAGGGAAUAGCAGCUGAAGAGUGGAAUGAAACGUGGUGUGUUCACGUGUCAUACCCUCCCCGGCUGCUGCUGCUGUUUAAUCACUCUACA